CCGAAUCCUUGAAAUCAAUCCCCAGAUUUCUUUGAUUACUCUGGGCAUUCCUGUGGUUCUCUCAUCUGUGAUUGCCGUUCAAGGGAUCAGCUUACCUGCACGGUACUCUCGGGACCGGCUCUACUGAAAGAGUGAGCUUCUUCAUUUUAUAUCCAGCAGCGGCUAGGCUAGCUUUCCCCUCAGAUCUGCCUUAUUGAAUACUCCUCUGUCCUCCUCUCUCCAUCGCGGUUCCCCCCUUCAGUCUUUCUCCUCCGUCGUAGAAAUCUUCCCCUUGGGUCCCCAGCGCAACCAUGUCAAGCACUGAAUCCACGCAUCCCGACCCCGGCGUCGUCCCUCAGACCUCAUCCGAGGUCAACAAGGGCCAAGUCGACCCGGUCAAGCCCUCUCAGACCCCCGGCCUGGCGAAACUACCCACCGACGUCAAGACCACCAUCUCCAAAGCCGACGAGAUCAUUUUGCGCCUCAGCAAACUGAUCAAGACCACCGCCGGCCUCGGCGCCGCCCUCUCGACACUCAACUACUCGAUCUACCUGGCCGCGUACCUGCACGCACAAGCACCGACCCGCGCCGCCGUUUUAGGCUAUCUAUCGCGCCUCCUCGGCCGGACGGCAUCACCGUCCAAAUUCCUCCCACCGUCGGCCCUCGCGCCGCCCGCAGGGACCCCAUCAUCCUUCCUCACACCGCUGGGCUCGCUCCUCUCCGACACACGCACGACGCUGCGACUCACGGGCCUGAUCCCGUUGUACAUCUGGCUCAAGAGUCUUACGUCGCGCAAGGCCGCGGCCGAAAUGGACCCGUCCCUGCGCCGCGUCGCCCUGCUCCAAUGCUCGGGCUACAUCGCGUUCCAACUGCUCGAGAACAUCUACCACCUCGCGGGCAAGGGCGUCGUGCCCAUGACGCUGAUCGAAAAGCGCGGCGGCAUCAACAAGUGGGUCGCGUGGAGUUGUCGGGCCUGGUUGGUCGGUGUGGCUACGGACUUUCUGCGUCUCUGGCGCGAGGCCCAGAUCGAGAAGGAGAGCCCUCCCAGGAGCGCUCAGGAGAAGGAGUCUUUCGAGCGGAAGUGGUGGAAUGAGUUUAUGGUCGCGACCUAUUGGUUGCCCGUGGCCGUGCAUUACAGUCUGUACCCGGUCGGGAUCAAGGGGUUCAAUACGGGUCUUGUGGGCUUCUUCGGCCUCAUGGCGGGCUUGAAUAACUUCAGGACCCAGUGGGCUGCCACAGCUUGAGGACGGGAAGCCUUUGAGGACGGUUUGUCUUGUAAUUUGGACAGGCGGAUACCAUUUCAUUGCAGAAUCAUGCUUGGAUAUAUGACAAAGCUAUGUACAUGUCUGUGUGGGGCGCCAUAUUGCCAGAUCCUGCAUCGAAAAUUGUUCAUAUCAGCUCCCCAGGACACAAAAUGUCAUGACGAGGUCAAGUUGAAGAUAUUUGACUUCUCG